AUGCCUGAAGGGGGCAGGGGCGACAACAUGCUUGAUGGGGGCAGUGGCGACAACAUGCUUGAUGGGGGCAGGGGCGACAACUUGCCUGAAGGGGGCAGGGACGGCAACAUGCUUGAAGGGGGCAGGAGCGACAACAUGCCUGAAAGGGGCAAGAGCUUCAACAUGCUUGAUGGGGGCAGAAGCGACAACAUGCUUGAUGGGGGCAGGGGCCAUAACAUGCUUGAUGGGGGCAGGGGCGACAGCAUGCUUGAAGGGGGCAUGGUCGACAACAUGUAUGAAGGGGGCAGGGGCGACAACAUGCCUAAAGGGGCAGGAACGACAACGUGCUUUAAGGGGGCAGGGGUUACAACAUGCUUGAAGGGGGCAGGUGCCACAACAUGCUUGAUGGGGGCAGGGGCGACAACAUGCUUGAUGGGGGCAGGGGCGACAACAUGCUUCAAGAAGGGCAGGGUCGACAACAUGCUUGAAGAGGGCAGGGGCGACAACAUGCCUGAAGGAGGCAGGGGCGACAACAUGCCUAAAGGGGGCAGGAGCGACAACAUGCCUGAAGGGGCCAGGAGCGACAACAUGCCAAAAGGGGGCAGGAGCGACAACAUGCCUGAAGGGGGCAGGUGCCACAACAUGCUUGAUGGGGGCAGGGGCGACAACAUGCUUGAUGGGGGCAGGGGCGACAACAUGCUUCAAGAAGGGCAGGGUCGACAACAUGCUUGA